AUGCCUUUCGGGCUGAACAGGGCAGCAGCCACCUUCCAGAGCGUGAUGGACAAGCUGUUGAGGGACCACCAGGCAUACGCUGCUGCGUACAUCAACGACAUUGUCAUUUGCAGUGCAUCAUGGGCAGAACACGUAGGCCAUGUUCGGACCAUCCUCGAGGCCCUCCCCACCGCUCAGCUUACAGCCAACCCAAGCAAGUGCACAUUCAGCCGGAUGGACGUGACCUACCUCGGGCAUGUAGUCGGGAGAGGGCACCUAAAGCCACAGGUGACCAAGAUGGAGGCAGUCCAGAACUACCGGGCCCCGACCAUGAAAAGGCAAGACUGGCUGACUAAAUUUGGCUACCUGCCUCCUCCAGACCCAGUCACAGGACAACUGCAGACCCAGGAAGAGCUUGCAAAAGCCAUCAUGGCCAUGCAAGAGUUUGGCGGCCUAGAAGCAACAGGAAUAUUAGAUGAAGCGACCCUGGAAUUAAUGAAGACACCUCGUUGUUCUCUACCUGAUCUUGCUGAGUCAGAAACCAGGAAGAAGCGGUAUGCUCAGGCUAUGACAAAGUGGAAUAAAAGGAACUUAUCUUGGAGAGUCCGCACCUUCCCCAGAGAGUCCCACCUAGGCCAUGACACGGUCCGUGCCCUCAUGUACUAUGCUCUGAAGGUCUGGAGUGACAUCACCCCGCUGAAUUUCCAUGAAGUGGCAGGUAAUAAUGCUGAUAUACAAAUAGACUUCUCCAAAGCAGACCACGAUGACGGGUAUCCCUUUGAUGGGCCUGGCGGCACAGUAGCACACGCAUUCUUCCCUGGAGACCAUCAUACCGCAGGAGACACUCAUUUUGAUGAUGAUGAAUAUUGGACCUUCCGAUCAUCAGAUGCCCAUGGGAUGGACUUGUUUGCUGUGGCAGUGCAUGAGUUUGGCCACGCCAUCGGCUUGACCCACAUCUCUGCCUUAGAUUCUAUCAUGAGACCCUAUUACCAGGGACCAGUGGGGGAUCCCCUGAAGUAUGACCUGCCUUACGAUGACAAAGUCAGAAUCUGGCAGCUAUAUGGAGUCAGGGACUCUGUGUCCCCAACAGCCAAGCCUGAAGUAACCAAACCUGAUGACCAUCCCGUUCUGCCAGAGCUGCCAGAGAACCGCUCCACUGUGCAACUCAGAAGAGACAUACCCAACAGGUGCAACACUCACUUUGAUGCCGUGGCACAGAUCAGAGGAGAGGCAUUCUUCUUCAAAGGCAAGUACUUCUGGAGACUGACUCGCAAUAAACACUUAGUCUCCCUUCAGCCAGCUCAGAUUCACCGUUUCUGGCGGGGUCUCCCCCUCAAUAUGGAUAGUGUGGAUGCGGUGUAUGAGAGAACCAAUGACCACAAGAUCGUGUUCUUCAAAGGAGACAGAUAUUGGGUGUUCAAAGACAACAAUGUGGAGGAAGGAUACCCUCGGCCAAUUUCAGAUUUUGGCUUGCCUCCGGGAGGCAUCGAUGCAGCCUUUUCCUGGGCCCAAAAUGACAAGGCUUAUUUCUUUAAAGACAAUCUCUACUGGCGCUAUGAUGACCAUGAGCGCAGAAUGGAUCCUGGAUAUCCUUUAGAGGCCACUUUGUGGAAGGGCAUUCCAAAUAUAUUAGAUGACGCAAUGAGAUGGUCAGAUGGUGCAACCUAUUUUUUCAGAGGCAAAGAGUACUGGAAAGUGUUAGACAGUGACCUAGAAGUAGAACCUGGAUACCCCCAGUCCAUCGCCAGAGACUGGCUGGGGGGCCGCUCGGCCGGGAGCAACCAGACAGGGGCACGUGCCAAGCAAGGGCGGCAGGACGAGAGCCGUUCAGAAAAUGGCUAUGAGGUCUGCUCAUGCACCUCCUCCUCAGAUUCCGUCUCAGCCUGGCCAGCACUCAGACUCUUAGCAAGCCUUGUGCUAACAGGCAUGUGGACAGCAGCAGUGGUUUGUGUAGCACUAUGACAUCCUGGAACAUGGACGAGGAGACAUUACAGUGCUUCAGGGACUGGUAGUGGAUAACAUCAUAGCGUGCUACACUGUUACAGCCAAAACAAAUGGGAAUGUGGCAGUGAAGGUUUUGAGUUCUCUGUGAGAAAUGAACUGGAUUUAUUUUCAUGUUUUAGUUAAAGGUCUAAUAAGGGAUUGUGAGUUCUGUACCUUCUUGUUCCCUCCUCCCCAAUUACCACCACCAGCUAAAGAAUAAAGAGAUUGCUGAACGAGAGUUCCAAAAGUUCCACAGAGAUGUGACACAGUGGAUGUUUAAGAACUGUCAAGCAAAGAGGACAGGGGACACAUUGAAAUGCAACUCUGGUAGAAUGAAAAUAGACAAGAUAGCAGUGAAGCUCAGUUGUUAUUCCUGGAGCAAAAGUAACCCCAGGAUAAGGCUAUGGGAAAGAUGCAACAAUUGGGCUUGAUCACAAAGCGGUUCAUUUCACAAACACAUAUAUGCUGCCACUGGAUGUCAAGCUAACCCAUGCGAGUUUCUGUAGAUCAGUGUCUGUAGAUCCUUUAUAAAGGACGUGAAGGUCACCUUUGAUUCCAGAUGUUUAAAUGUAAGGGCUUCAUUGUUAAACCUUGGCCACACAAACACAGAUGGUCAACAACAGGAAUCUGUCCUCCAAAUCUUCAGCAUACACCUCAACAGCUUGAGCUGGAAUCGCUCUUUCAGCUCUGAGCAAGUUGAAAGCUGUUAUAUGCAUUGAGUCUAGCUGGUCAACUGAGCUGCAGUUACAUACAUGAAGCCAGUGUAAUUCACAUAAAUCUAACUAUUCUGCUCUCUGAAAUUCUAUCCUAGAUUUAUUUCAUGAUUGAUUGCUGUGUACAAAAAACCUUUCAUUGAAGUCUUGUCUUUGAAGGAUUUGUGGGGGAUUAAACUUCUAAUAUGCACAUGUUUUCAAAUCGCAGAUCCUGUUUUUUUAAGUGGCUUUUUAUACCAGUCAGAUUCUGUUAUGGUCCUAUCAGAUGUGAAUCAGUUAUUCUAUAUACCAGUUUUAUUGCUGUUUAAUUUGGCGAAUGAGGGGAUUAUUUGUUUGAAAGUGGAGAUCUUGAUUUGUAAAACUGACACCUCAAAAUUCCAUGUUUGUCUCUCCUUCACUUACAGAUUGUUUGCUCAUUUCAGGUAAAAAGGUGGGUUUUUUAACUGCCCCCAAACUCUGUGUGGGACCAGAGUCAAACUUGGUUCUGUCUGGUUCCUGGAUCAAUACCUGCCCCCUCGCUCUGACUCAGUUGAGAUACAUUGCACCAGUGGGGCUCCUACAGUUGGUUCAAAUGGUUUACAUUUCAGAAUUUCCAUCAAAAAAGUAAUUUGAAUUUUGAUCCAAAACAGAGCAAAAUCAAUUAAAUGUUCACACAAAUCACCCUUUCCCCUCCCCCCGCACAUGCACCACACUUUAGACAAGCUAUAAAGCUAGCUGCAAUUUCUAAUAUAUUGAAGUUUGAUUAAAUUUAUGAACACUUGGAGACUCAAUGAAAUUUUAAACUGGAAAAUAAUGGUGAAAAAU